AUGGCAGAAUUCAUGCAUGAGAGUAUAGAAGAACAGAAAGGAAAUUUGCAAGAGGUAGAAUUGGAAUUUGCACCAGCAACACUAGAUGAUUCCCUGCCAGAAGUAGAGGAUCCUUUGCAAGAAAUAAACAUGGGAACAGAAGAAGAUCCCAGACCUACUUUCAUCAGCACAUUACUAGAAGAGCCAGUAAAGAAUGAAAUCAUUGCACUUCUGCAUGAUUUCAAAGACUGUUUCGCAUGGCACUACUAUGAAAUUGCUAAAAUUAGGGCUUGUUUGGGAGUGCUUUUGAAAUUGCUAAAAGCGCUUCUAAAUGGGUAA